AUGCGUCGUUGCCAGCCAAAUGGCCAUCGGUUAUGGUGGCGUCAGAGGUCCAUUGCUCCAGCCAUUCCCAAAAAGAGAUUGAGUCUUAUUGCACUAACAGCUAGCCGCUUCGGUCGGGAUAGGACGGCGAUGGAGGUGGACAGUGAAGACCCCAGCAGCGCAGACGACAGCGACGCAGGUACACCAGCAGUAGCAGCAGCAGGCAACGGAGGCUGGGAAGGCAGGAAAGGUGUCUCCCUCUACGUAGACAGCGGAGGAGGAGGCAACAUCCUUGGAUCAAGCUGGGAGAGCAGUAGAAGAGCUGCAUCUGGCAACAUAAUGGAAGUCUUACGAGAAGGUGGAGGAGGAGGAGAAGAGGAAACAGGAGGGGGUGUUGGAAUGGUGGUAGGAGGUGAGGAAGGAGGUGGAAGGGGGUGGGCGUGGCUGCGACGGGCGGGUGUGCUGGCAGGGGCAGGGACGCUGUGUAAAGAGCACGCCCUCACUGCUCUCCUGGUCUGUGCCUCCUGGGAUGUUAUACGUCACAGAAAACACAUACGAAGAUUGGUGUGGAGGCAGGAGCGGAGCAGCCGGGUGCUGGGAGGCCUCUUCAGACGCCUCCUCUGGUUAAGCAUUAUAGGUCAGGAAGGUCGGGCGGUGCUACUGGGGUUGGCCUUGUUGGUGCUACCUUUCCUCCCUGCCACCAACCUUCUCUUCACCGUAGGCUUCGUGGUAGCUGAGAGGAUUCUCUACAUCCCCAGUCUGGGCUACGCUGUGCUGAUGGGCGUGGCUCUCUCGCGGGCGGGGCGGCUAAGGGCCCCCUGCCUCCUGCUGCUGCUGGUUGCCUUCUCCUGUAGGACUCUACAGAGGAACCGCGAUUGGGACUCCAGGGAGACCCUCUUCAUGGCGGGACUCAAGACUCUACCACACAACGCCAAGAUGCACUACAACUUCGCUAACCUUCAAAAGGACCUCGGUCACCCAGACCUCGCCAAGCUUCACUACACCCGCGCCAUCAGACUGUGGCCGGGUCACUCCAGCGCUCAUAAUAACCUUGGCACUCUCCUCAACGACACCUCGGAAGCGGAGAACCACUUCCGAAUGGCACUCAAAGCCCACCCACAGCAUGCCCACGCCUACUAUAACUUGGCUAACCUCAGGCAACAGCAGGGUCGCAUGGGGGAGGCAGUAGCGCUGCUGGAGGAGUCGCUGCGCUAUGACGCCACCAACAGGGACGCGGUGUCAGCCCUGGCUGGGUUAUAUAGUGACGCCGGCCGUUCCACUGAGGCGGAGAACCUUCACCUGGCGCUGCUGGCCGCCAGACCUGCAGACCCCGUCGUUCACAACAACUACGCAGCCUUCCUGCAGAAAAGCGGUCGCGGCGAAGCUGCACUGCGACACUACGAGGCGGCACUUGGUCUGGACCCGGAGCACACGGUGGCACUAGUCAACACUGCCAGGCUCAUGAGGACCUUACACAACAAUAACCAGGCUGAGAUGCUCUACAAGAGAGCACUGGCGGUGGAGUGGGAGGCCGAGAUCGGCGAGUCUUUGGGCAAGCUGUACCUCAACACUGGUCGUCUGGAAGAAGCUGAGGCAACCUUCACCACUGUACUCACCCACCACCCACACAUGCUUUCCUCCACCGUCUACCUGGCACGAGUGAAGCUGCAGCAGCGGAGUUACCUGGAGAGUGAAGGUCUGUUAAGGAAGGUUCUUGAUCAGUCACCGGGCCACCAGGAGGCACUCUUCCAGCUUUCCCUGCUCUACACCCACACCAACCGCACGCAGGACGCCCUCACCCUCGCUCAGCAAGCCGCCCAUAACUGCUCGAGGCCGCCCAACCUCUGCGCCCGCCUCCACGCCCACUACGGUGAUCUCCUCAAUGAGAGGCACAGCGUUGACGAGGCGGCACAGAGUUACCAGUUAGCAGUUGAGCUGGAACCAACGCUCACCCACCCACAUAUCAACCUGGGUGCUCUCUACCAUGCUAAGGGUGACUACGCCCGUGCCUGGAGACACUACCUCACUGCCCAUGGACAGGAGCCCUCUAACACCCUCCUGCUAGAGAACAUGGAGAAGCUGAGACGAGCGCAGGACCUUCAUGCACCACCAAACAUCCCUCACUGCCUCAACAAGUCCUGAUAUUUAUUUCACGACCCAAAGGUCUCAUUCGAAUCCUUUCUGAGAACAAUUUUAGAUUAGUGACAGUUUCUAUAAGCUGAAAUGGAUCUGAAAAGUUAGACUUUUUUUUAUAAAACACACACCAGUAUACAAGAGGCAGGGGCCAGGAGCUAUGAAUCGACCUCUAAAAACACAAGAAGGUGAGUACACACAGACAAAUCUUAACCCAUACAGACAGCUAGAUCACACACACACACAUACACAGACACACACACACACACACACACAAACACACACACACAUACA